AUGAUGACCUUUACGAAGCAUCUCAUCGCGAGCAUCACCAUCCGAAUAUUCCUGGUUUACUAUGGCGAAGUUCAGGACAGCUUGUCGGAUGUGCAGUACACGGACAUCGAUUACCGAGUGGUCACCGACGGAGCUGCGCACGUACUCAGCUUGGAUUCGCCUUUCAAGAGGCACACGUACCGCUACACGCCACUGCUGGCCUAUUUGGUGCUGCCAAACGUACUACUGCAUCGAAGUUUCGGCAAGUUUCUCUUCUCGCUGUUUGACAUUCUGAUCGGGGUCCUCAUCAAGUGGAUCCUGCUCAACUGCUACCGCGGGAACAAGAUCUCGAUUGAGAAGAAGCUUCUCAAGCUGGAAACGCUCAACAAUCGCAACAAAUACCUGAUAAAGCGCAAGAACGAGAUCCUGAACAACAGCAACGAAACACUGCCACCAAAGUACAUCCGGAUGGCCGAGCUGAGCGCGUACUUUUGGCUGUACAACCCGCUCACGAUGGUGAUCGCGACCCGAGGCAACGGCGACUGCGUAUCCUGCUCGCUAGUCCUGCUAUCCCUCUUCUUCCUGCUUCGUAACGAACAAACGUUCACCCAGCACUUCACCGCAGGACUGCUGCUAGGCCUCGCAAUCCACUUCCGCCUCUACCCCAUAGGAUUCUGCCUAGCAUUCUACCUGGCAACCCUGGACAAACCGCUCACCACCGUCAAGGACUACCUCCGUGCAAUCCUGCUCCCCAGCGCCCAACAGCUCGCUCUAGUCAUCGGAACGUGCCUCUCCCUGGCCACCACGACCGCCUUCUUCUACUACCUCUACGGCUACCAGUUCCUCUACGAGUCCACCCUCUACCACCUCAUCCGCAAGGACACCCGUCACAACUUCUCCCUCUACUUCUACCUGCAAUAUCUCGGCUCCAACUUCUCGCCAACCCUCAUCGAAAAGAUCCUCACCUUCCUCCCCCAACUCAUCCUCAUCCUCAUGGUCACCCUCCGCUACGGAAAGCACCGCCAAACCCUGGGCUUUGCCCUGUUUGCCAUCGCCUUCGUCAUGGUCACGUACAACCCGGUCGUCACGUCCCAGUACUUUGUGUGGUUCCUCUCGCUGCUGCCGCUCAGCGUGAAGAACUUUCGCAACAUGGGCCUGCGCAAGGCGGUCUUCAUCCCCGUCAUGUGGUUCAUCGCGCAAGGGGGAUGGCUCCUGCCGGCCUAUCUGCUCGAGUUCAAAGGCUGGAACACGUUCGAGUUCAUCUGGAUCCAGAGUGUGGUAUUUUUCUUCUCUAAUAUACUGACGCUGCAGAUGCUGGUGGCAAACUAUGAUGUGAGUUAUAAUUAUAAGAUCGAGUGAAGCUUUUUGAUGGAAUGGUUGUACAUAGAUUUCGUAACCAAUAAAAUUUGCACUUUUGACUUAAA